AUGAGCAAAGAGGAAUACUUUGCUGAGAGGAUCAACAACUGGAAGGUCGAGGACAUUGUCCCUGAUUAUGACCUCGAGGAAGAGGAUGACUCCCCUAUUGAGGAAGUCCGCGUCACUAUCCCUAAUACGGAUGAUCCCUUUAUGCCCUGUAAUACUUUUCGCAUGUGGUUCCUUGGCCUGUUCUUCACCGCUGUCAUCUCCUUCAUCAAUCAAUUCUUCUACCUCAGGCAAACUCAGAUCUCGAUCGGAUACUCCGUUGUUGCCUUGGUCUCGCUCCCCUUAGGCCACCUCAUGGCCAAAGUCCUUCCAAUGGGCGAGGUCAGUCUUUUUGGCUGGAACUUCACUCUCAACCCUGGCCCUUUCUCCGUCAAGGAACACAUUUUGAUUGGGACUAUGACUGCUGUCAACACCAGUACAGCGUAUGCCGUUGAUAUCAUUAUCCUACAGAAGCUGUUUUAUGGGUCUGAAAAACCAUUUAUUGCAGGGCUUCUCUUAGUCUUCACAACUCAGGUCACUGGGUUUUCUCUAGCUGGCGCUCUCCGCAAGUUCCUGGUCCGCCCUGCACACAUGAUCUGGCCCUCGACCUUGGUGACAGCCUCUCUGUUUCGUUCACUUCAUGCUUCCAGUAACCUCCCUGGGGAGGAUGGCCGUAUGACUAGGAUGAGAUAUUUCUUGUUAGUCACUCUUGGCUCAUUUCUUUAUUACUGGUUCCCCGGAUUCAUCUUUCCCACCAUCGGCGUACUCUCCUGGAUCUGCUGGAUCAACCCUGACAACAUUGUUCUCUCUCAGCUGACCGGCUCCAAUGGUCUCGGCAUAGGAACCAUUGCCCUUGACUGGUCUGCCUCAUACUAUGUCCAACCUUUAGUCACACCUUGGUUCGCACAGGUGAAUAUCCUUAUUGGCUUCAUUUUCAUUGCCUGGGUCAUGGUUCCCUGGGCCUACUACACCGAUCUUUGGAAGUCCAAGAGCUACCCUAUUUUGUCUGCAGAUCUGUUUCGUGAAGAUGGAGCUAUUUACAACAAAUCUAUGAUCCUGGUCAACAAUGUUCUGGAUGAGGAAAAGUACAGGGCUUACGGCCCCCUCCGCAUGGACUCCUUCUUUGCUUUAACCUACGGAGUCGGCUUCGCUGGCCUCACAGCCACUAUUGUUCAUGUCAUUCUCUAUAAUGGUCAGGAGCUGAUUGCCCGUUGGAAGUCCGCUCGUCUGGAAAACGAGGAUAUUCAUUCGCGACUUAUGCGUGUCUAUCCUGAAGUCCCUGACUGGUGGUACAUCUCACUCUUUGUCAUUUCUCUGGGUUUGAGUUUAGUUACCUGUGUCGUGUGGGAGUUCAUGCCUUGGUGGGCCGUCCUCUUGGCCAUGGCUAUUGCUAUCUUUUUUGUCCUCCCGGUCGGCGUUGUCCAGGCCGUGACUAACCAGCAGCCUGGUUUGAACAUCAUUACAGAGUAUGUGAUCGGUUACAUGCUCCCUGGGCAUGCCAUUGCCAACGUUACGUUCAAAACCUAUGGCUACAUUGUCAACGUUCAGGCUUUGACCUUCACCGCAGAUUUGAAGCUCGGUCACUACAUGAAGAUCCCUCCCCGCGUCAUGUUCAUGGCUCAGAUUGUCUCGACCCUCAUCAGUGGCACCAUCAACCUGGGUACCGUCACCUGGUUGCUUAACGCUCAUCCCACUAUCUGCACUAAGGACGGAUAUCCCUUCACAUGCCGUUCCACUAACACAUUCUACUCUGCUUCUGUCAUCUGGGGCGCUAUCGGCCCUGCCCGUGUCUUUGGUAACGUUGAUGGUGCUAUUUACUCCCCUGUGCAAUGGGGCUUUCUGAUUGGCGCAAUCUUACCCAUCCCCUUCUGGCUCUUGGCUCGUAAGUUCCCUAAUGUGACCUGGUUGAAGUAUGUGCACUGGCCCGUGUUGUUGGCAGCCACGUCCAACAUGCCUCCGGCCCUUCCUUACUUCUAUACCAACGGUCUCUUCCUGGGCUUCAUAUUUGCAUUCUUACUCAGACGUUACCGUUAUAACUGGUGGGCUCGUUACAAUUACUUGACGUCGGCUGCUAUGGAUAGCGGGGUCGCGAUCUGCGGUCUGGUCAUAUUCUUCUCUAUUCAGUCCUGGAAAGUUACAAUGCCUCAUUGGUGGGGCAAUCCUGAGGAUGGCAACUUUGACCACUGCCCACUUGGUGGUGCUAAUUACUAUUCCGUGAGAGCUUAA